AUGUUGUUAGUCUUCUUCCAAAGGAAAAAUAUUUCAGUAUGUAGGGGUUCUCACAGUACUGUACUCCUCUGUUUUUUAAUAGGUACAGUGAUGACACCAAACUACAUAGACUCAAGUAGUCUCAGUGUUGCCCCAUGGUGUGACUGCAGCAACAGUGGUAAUGACAUAGAUGAAUGCCGGAAAUUUCUGAAUUUCUUCCAGGACAAUACAUGCCUUAAAAAUGCAAUUCAGGCUUUCGGUAAUGGUACUGAUGUGAAUGUGUGGCAGCCAAUUUUACCAGUACAGACCACAACGGCCACAACUACAACAGCUUCCAGACUUAAAAACAUAGGAUCAGAGACCACCAACAAUGAAAUACCCACCCACAAUGAUUCACCAGCAUGUGCAAACCUGCAGAUUCCCAUAAUUCCACAUAAACUUGGGACUUGGAGAAGAAUUAUGGCAAGCCUUAGGACAAAAGCAAGAGACAGAACCCACAGUUCUCUGAGGAGAACAGAAGUUAAACAUGACUGAGACUGGAGAUGACUGUUCUUUUAGCUUGUAGGUCUAGGUUUUGCAGAUCUUCACACCUAUGCCUGCUAAUCUGGUGUUUGAAAUACUGCCUACAAUUAUCUAAUGUAGCUUUCUGUGUGCCACUUAUUAUUAUUAGUAUAAGCAUUGUGCAGGUGUUGGGAGAGGAUUAAAAGCUUCCAUGUAGUGCUGAGCAUCAAGACUCAGUAGGUGUGGAGCUUCGUGUGCUGAUAAAUGGGUAGUGGGUGAGCAUAAACACGGAACAUGGGCAGCAUGUUCUGUUUAGUUGAUUAGGGAAUAGUACAACUGUCAAGAUCGUACUCUGAAAUAUAGACAAAAUGAAUUUCAUUUAUCCCCUGUGCACACAGUCUCAGUUAGUCCAUAUGGCUGGUACCCUCUCUUCUAUGAUCCCUCCACACCACCUGUGAUCAUUCGGCUUCUUUUCAUUUUGUGGAAAAGCAAGCACUGUCCUUUCAAAUGCCCUGUCUAUCCUUUCCCCUGGGAGAUGCUGUACUUGGACCUCUUCCUCCAGACAUUGCAGCUGCACAGAAAGUUCCAGUCUGGAGCAAAAGACAGAUGAGAAUAUAAAACUCCCAUUGCUGUGCCAGAACAAAUUGGAAAAAAAAAUAGAAUAUUGACUAAAUGUUUCAUAUGAAAAGAUUUAAAUUUACUUCCUGUAUUUGCAGGAUUAGCUGACAUAAUGGGGUCAGCUUGCUGGUAAAAGUGAUUUACAGAACACCUAUUGGCAGCUUUUCUUCUGAAAAAGCAGCAUCUUUAAUUUGCUUCAGAGGCAAUUCUGCUGUACCUAAAGGAGUCUUGCGUGCUUUACACGUUCAGAUUAAAAUCUGGCAGCUAGGGGUAAUUUAGUUUCGUAUUUAAUUGUUGUAUCCUUCUAAUCUGGACAGCACCAAACAAAAUUCUGUUUCACUAAAACAGAGGCAGCUUUGUCUGUUCACAUUUAUGUCUACAAAGUUAAUCCUUAUUUUCU